AUGAGAAUCGACGUCGAACCUCCUGGUCCCGAAUUAGAAAAUCAAAACAAUGAACUUCAUAAAAAUAAAAUAUUUUGCGAGCCUGUGGAAAGUGAAAAUGAAAAUAAUCAAGAAUUUACUCAUCAACCUGCCGAACCGAAUAACGUUCAGUUAUUAAGCAUAGACGAUGCGAAAAAAAUAUUUAAUAAUACUUCAAACGAUUCGAUUUACGGAGAAGUUAACCAGGAAAAUUCACCUAAUACGAAUGAUUUUGGACCUUUUGGUACGGUCAUGACUUUUAUGAAAGGUGGAGAAUAUGGAGGAAAUGGACAAAAUCAUAUUUCUCAGGCUAAUGCAACCAACGGAGAAGAAUUAUAUUUGGUACCGGGUGAAGAAACUAAAAAUUCCGAAGACGAAGGUAUCAGAAUGACUCAAAAAUGUGAAAGGGAUAUCAGGAAAAAAAUGUUUACAUUUAAUAUUUUGAUAGUUACGGUUAUAAAAUUAAAUUAG